CAAACAUACAAUUUAUCAGGAUCAUCACCAUAUGGUAUUAGAGGAGGGGAUUAUAGAUUUACAUGUCGGAUAUCUGUUGAUAAUAUACCUCAAGGUGUGUCGUUUAACAUUGGUAAUGACAGAAUCUGUAGAGUAUUAUUAUUAACAUGUCAAGAAUCAUCAUCAGAUACCAGAUAUACAUGUGGUUGUAUGAAUGGUAACAUGAGAACCCUGUAUCUUAAUAUAACUAAUGUUACAUCAACUGAUGCUGGAACCUGGACCUGUAGAGACGGUAGGGUCGUCAGUCCAUCUGUAACUCUUCCUGUUUAUUAUCCUCCAAACAUCACAAGUCUAACAUCUGAUGCUACCAACAACAUGAUAGAUGAAGAUUCUACUGUAACCUUCAACUGUUCAGUUGACAGUCUUCCAUCUUCAGAAAUAUCCUGGUCUAGAUCACAACAAGGGGGACAACUCUAUUCUGGUAGUCAAUAUACCAUAUCUAAAGCUAGUUGUCAACAUACAGAUAACUAUACCUGUACAGCUAGUAAUAAUAUUGGUCAACCUGUAUCUAAAACUAUUCCACUCUUUGUUAAAUGUUCUCCAAGAGAAAACACAGUAACCAAGAGAAACAUCACCAAUAGAAUAGAUACAACAAUAAAUCUACAAGUUGAUAUAAUCGCCUACCCUGAACCAACCUUCACCUGGUACCAUACACCUACCAGACAGAUAAUAAAUACAGCUAGAACACAACAACUAUCAACUAUAAACUAUAAAUCAACAGUAGAGAUUACUCUAAACUCUACUCUAUUUGGUGAUUAUAUAGUAUCUGUAUACAAUGAUAUUGGUGUUCAGAACUUCACUAUUACAGUUAUUGAUGGAGAACCACCAAAGCCACCGGGCAAGAUGGAAAGUAAUAACAUACCUAUUAUAGUUGGAAGUGUUGUUGUUGUAUUGCUGGUAAUUGGUAUUAUUGUUGUGGUGAUAUGCUGUUGUAGAAAGGGAUACUGUUAUUGUUGUAGAAAGGCAAAAAAAGACAGUUCCCAAGAUAAUGUUCAUUUAUCAAACAAAGAGAAGAAAAAGAAUGAGCUUGUUAUCGAUGACAAUUUAACAUAUGAGGGCAGCGAUCAUUUAUUUGGACCCCAAAAUGGAGCAGGAACUGGAAAAGGACAAACAGAUAACAUUCCCAUGUCAUCUAACGUAAAGACAGGAAAUGAUAAUAAAAUGGUUAUCGAUGAUAAUCUCUUGUAUGAAGGAAGUGAUCAUAUUUUUGGAUCUCAAAAUGGAACUGAAUCUGGAAAAAAUGUAGAAAGAGGAAUAUUUGGUCAAACAGCUUCAUCUGAAGUUAAAAGAAACAGCACUACAGGUGGCAAAUCAAAGAAAAGUAAAAAACCUCCAAAGAAACCAGGAAAUUAUGAAAACUCUGAUGUCAAAGCGAAACCAACUACUCCAAAGAAACCAGCUAUCAACAAGGAGGGAUUGAAUUAUGCUGAUGUUGUUUUCACGAACAAAACACCAGCUAAAGAUGUGAAACCAGUUUAUCAUGAGGCAGUUGAGUAUGCUGGUAUACAGACUGGUGUUCGAGGAUCAACUCCACCACCUGUUUCUGAUAGCAGUGAUGAUGAUGACACACCACCACCUGCAGCACCAGCACCUAAACCAAAGACAAAGCCAAUGAAAACUAAGAAGAAUUAAAUUGAAGAAUCUAGAUGGAUCGCACGAUCUACCCAAAUAUCUUUCAAAUCAUGAUCUAACCCAUUAUCUCUUAAAUCAUAAUAUACUCCAAUCUCUUUCAAAUCAUGACCUACCCCCAAUCUCUUUCAAAUGUUAAACUUUUUGAUUGAACAUUCUGUACAUUACUGAAUAGAUCCAAUAAUGACAUCAAAAACAUGAAACACAAUGAAAAUCUUUUAGCUCCUUGACUGUCUUCAAUCAUAAGACAGACAGACUUGAUUUAAUUUUAGUAAAUCUUUCUACCCAGCCAUGUCAUCUCCAUUAAUUGAUGUGGUAUUAUAGUUAAUCAUACUCCCUCAAAUCAACAGAGGAUUGUUUUUCAUUUUCUGUGUAAAACAAUUGUCAGUUGAAUAUCCCCACGUAAAUAAUUAGGAUCUUGAUUGUGUAAUGUAGAGAACAAGCUAUACUGUUCUAAGUUUAUAUGUUUUUGUUGCUAGAUAACUUACAUUUAUUAUCCGUAACUGACUUUUUAUUGUUUUAAGAGUCUUUCAUAGUUUAACUAUUAUCUCUGUCUUAUUAUAUAGGCCUCCGAGCAAAGAAGUACACCGGGGGGGGGGGGGCUUCAUACUAAAUCAGAGGCAAAUGUCCACGUGUAACACAAUAACAGGCAUUUAUUGUUUAGUAUUUGUUGACAUCAAGUCACAACGUGAACAUAUUGGUAUGGUAUGGUAAAGUAUAGUAUAGUAUAGUAUUUAUUGACAUCAAGUCACUACAUACAUAUAUUAGUAUAGUAUGGUUUAGUAUAGUGUACAUUUAAUGUGGACGUAUAUUGUUGUCACCGGCAUCUAUCUACCCCUUGUUCGUAGUCAAAUAUCUACAAUACUUGUCUGGCCCGGGGUUUUGUCAGAUACUUAACGAUUUUUACAUUGAUGCUUCAUGUGCACCAACUGGGCUAAUGAAGGUGGGUAUACCAUAUGAUAUGAGGGAAAUUUUGUCAGGAAAGUCAAGUGGGAGUCAGGAAGAACCUUUAUUUUUAGACAUGAAAUUUUGUAAAUGUGAUACAUGGCAUGGCUCAUGGUAGAAGUCUUAUGUAUGUGAUACAGCUCCUGGCUAGUGGUAGAAACUUUGUAAAGUGAUACAGGGCAUAGCUCACGGUAGAAAUCUUGUAAGAUUUGAGUAUAAGGAUGUACCCUAUUUAUUUAAUCUUAAAUUUGACUUUCAAAGCUUUUAAAUAUAUGGAACUUUUUGAAGAAUUGUACAGUAUUAGAUUUUGAAAAUUUGACUUCUAAAGCUUUCGAAUAUGAUAUUUUAGAGCAUGUGAAUAUAUGCUUGAUUGAUUCCCUGUAGAAUUGUGACCUUUAAGAAUUUGAUUAGCGGGAUUUGUUGACAUUGAAUUAAGGGCUACAAUAAACGACUUUGCUGUUGGUUAUUUAGAACUGGAGUGAGCGACUUUGCUGCUCGUAAGCAAAUUAGGGAGUCGGACAUGCCCUUGUCUAUGUUUUGUUUUAUAAAUAAUUUGUAAUAAUUGUUUCUACUUAGCAGUAUUAUUAAUAUUAUUGUUAUGAUAAUUAAAGUUAAAUAUAUUUUAUUUAUGUUUGAUAUAUGAGCUAAUGUUGUUUAUUCUCAACUGAAUUUUUAUGAACCAAUCUGAUGGCAUAAGCUAAUGUUGUUUAUUCUCAACUGAAUUUUCAUUUACCAAGUUGUAUGAUAUGAGCUAAUGUUGUUUAUUCUAAUUGAGUUUUCAUAUACCAAUCUGUAUAAUAUGCUUAACUUUGCAUUAAGUAUGACAUGUAUAAUUAACAUAAUAUUUUAUUUUUAAGAAUGACACAGGAUAUAGUUAACUAUUUUAAGUGACCGUCACUAAUUUAGAAUUGACUUUCUCAUUCUUUCUGUUGUUUGUUUUAAUCAGAGAUUUUCAACAAGCCAACCACAAAAUAUUUAUAGAAAUUAAAUUAAUAAAUAGUUAUAUUUUUAUAUUCAUUUGUGUACCAUACAAUACCUGGUUUAGCUUGGUUCCUUGUGUAUAUGUAUAUUGAUUUAUAACAGAAGAGAUUUGAUUUAUUAUGUUGCUCCACUUUGUUUUAUUGUCUUUAUAUGAAAUAGUUAGCCCAGUCGAUACAGACAAGUAGGACGUUAAAAUCAUUUUAUUUUAAUUUGUUUAUAUGAAACACUCUGUUAGAGAUUGUAUUCAACAACUGACUGGUUAGAGAUCGUAUUCAACAACUGAGUGGUUAGGAUCAGUAUUCAUCUGUGAUUUGGUGGUGUUUUUAUACUUAUUUUAUUAUCAGAUCUAGCACAGAUCGAUUGAAUACAGUAUAAAUUUACUGUUUUAUAUGUAAAAAUAACAAGAUUAAGGUAAAAAAAAAAAAAAAAGAAGGUACCAGGCACACACAUAGAAAAUGAAGGUUAACAUUAUAGAAUGAAUAUAUAUUUUUAGAUUUCUUGUUUAUGCAUUACCUUUAUGUUAUUGUUAAUCUUGUAUCCGUUUUUAAAUAUAUAAAUUGAUAAAUAGUUAUUUGAUUUGAUUUGUAUUAUUCAUUUAUAAUACUCAUUACAAUUAUUUUACAUUCCUGGGGUUUUUUUUAAUUUGUAAGUUUAUGAUAUUCUGUGUUCUCAAAAUAUUAUUUUAAGCUGUUGUUGUAGUUUUUUCCAUUUAUUAAGGUUGAUUAAAAAUGGCAUCUACAACUCAACUGAGUGUUGCAGCUAAUAACGCAAAGGGACACGGGUAAUCCCUAUAAUUAUAUGGGCACCCCAUGCAUAGAAUUUAAAACGCCACAGGACUUGAAGCAUGUAAAAUAGUUAAAUUUCCAACUACUGAUUUAACAUUCCAUGGAUAAAUAAAAUAUUUGCAUAAUAAGAUAUUAGAAUUUGUUUUGUUUCUUUUCCUCCACUUAAACGUAUGUUAUACUGCUGACUAUACACAAAUUCAGGCAACCGAAUUCUGGGUAACUGAAGUAGCACGUACAGGUAUUGGGAUUUAAACAUAUUUUAAAGCCACAACACUAACUUUAUAUUGCUCACUUAUUUUUUGUAUUCUGAUAUUUUUGUAGGUUUUUAUAGAUAUCAUUGGUUCCGCUUGAUAUGUUUACAGUUAAUACUGAAUAAUUUUGAUAGCUUGUAUUUAGACUGUGUUAGCACUAAAACUGAAUUUUACAGUUGGAACUAGUACUGCUGAUAUUAAUUUAAUCAUUCCUUUUGUAACCUAUUAUAUUUACUGAUGAAUAAAACUUUCACCUUAGUUAUACAAUGCAUGACCACGUAAAGAAAUUGGAAAAUUAUCUUAUUUAUAUAAUAAUAAUAAUAAUAAAAAUGUACCGUAUAUUUUUGGAGACACAAUUUAAAUAUUUUUUAUGUCCUUGGGUCCAGGCUAUGUUACCAGGGACUCAUUUUAUCUAUUGAUAUUCAGCUUACUAAAUCAAAUAUAUCAUUUUUAAUCAUUUGUCAUACUUUUUGAUACUUUUGUGUUUUAUUAUAUUUUUGAUAUUUUAGCUUAUAACUGUACAUAAUUAUUAUAUGAUUCAUAAUAUAUUGUUACUAUUUUAUUAUAAAAUAAUCGUUAAUUAUAUAUUUUUGCUAUUUUAUUAUAAAAUAAUUGUUCAUUAUAUAUUUUUGCUAAUGAAUGUAAUAUUCAUAAAAAUUUUAUUGGCAGGUUCUUGUUGGACAUAUAUUUUAACUGUCCUUAAAGAUUCAUUUAAAAACAAAUUAUUUUGUAAAUAUCUGUUACAUUCAUUUGAAACAGGAGGAACAGCUUGUUCCAUUAUCCAUACUUAAAUUAAAAUUUAGGCCACCUCUAAAACAAUUCGGUCAUGAUCAACAAAUUAAUGUAUCAUUAACUGGCCCGGUAUUACAGACCAAUUUAUAAUUAAGUUUGUUUAUUACAGAGAUUUGUAAUUAAGAUUACGCAGUUGUUUUUGUCCCCCGCCUUUCGAAGAAAGCAGGGGACUAUUAAAAUGGGUUUGUCCUUCUGUCUGUCUGUCUGUCACACUUUUUGGGACACAAUAACUCUCUUUUUAAUUGAGCUAGAAUGUUCAAACUUGGUGUAGGUGUUUAUUAGGUCAAUACCUUGAUGGAGUUCGAAGAUGAGCAUUUUCCGCUUAGGGUAAGUGGAGAUAAGCAAUUCGACUGAUUGAUGCUUUGGGACACGAUAACUUUAGUUCUAAUUAAGUGAGAGUGAUGAAACUUAGUGUAUAGUUUCAUUACAUCAAUACCGUGACUAAGUUCGAUAAUGAACAUUUUCUGCUGAGGGUAAGCAGAGCGAUAAGCAAUUUCAUUCAAACUUGGUGUAGGCAUUCAUUAGGCGAAUCCCUUGAUGGAGUUCGAUGAUAAAGAUUGUCUGCUUACGGUAGGCAGAGACAAUCAAUCUGAUUGGUUGAUGUUUUAGGGGCACGAUAACUUUGGUUAUAUGGAGUGAGAGCGAUGAAACUCUGAAUAUAGAUCAUUAUAUCAUUACCUUGACUAAGUUCGAUUGUACGAAUUUUCUGCCUGGGCUAAGGAGCGAUAAGCAAUUUGGAACAUAACAACUCUGCUUUUGAUUGAGGUAGAAUGUUUAUUAAGUGAAUGUCUUGACUGAUUUCAAUGAUUAACAUUUCAAGUUAAAGCUAAGCAGAUCUAAUCAAUUUCAUUGGUCGAUGCUUUGUGACAAGAUAAUCUUGAUUCUAUCUGAUAGUGAUGAAAUUUAGUGUGUAGUUUGAUUGCUCGAUACUUUUGAAAAAAAAUAAAUGUGCGAUUAAUUAAUAUGUGUCAUCUAUUUAUUUUGUGAUUUCGGCGGGGGACAUCAGCCUCACUGUUGGCUUGUUUUCAUAAAUAAAAUUAUUGUUUGUU